AGAGCAGAGGGACAGAGUGAUUCAGUGAAACUCCCCACUCGAGACCACCAGGAGACAGAAAGAAAAGAAAAAAGAAAGAAAAAGAGAGUGAAAGAGAGAGAAGGAAAGAAAGUUUGCAGAGUGCAGAAGCUCCGGAAAGUGCCCACAGGGCAGUAUGUUGUUGCCCAUGAAGACACUGCUCCUCCUGGCCAUCCUCAGUGCCCCGACUUACGGCCUAUGCCUCCGGCUCUAUGGGAGUGACAGCGACCUGCUGUGCGACAACCAGGUGGUCUCCGGGGCCCGAAAGAAUGAGCUGUCCGGGGAAUCUCUGCCGGAUGCCAGGGCACUCCUCUACCUCCCCGAAGACGCGGAGUCCUCUUCCGAGUCCCGAGAAAAAAGGACGUUCCCCGCCUCCAGCUACAAGUACCUGAGCCAGACGCAGCUGCGGGGUAAGAUGUACCAGAACAGCGGCAAGAGCGACCGACGAGCCAAGUUCACCCUCUCCCUGGAUGUGCCUACCAACAUCAUGAACAUCCUCUUCAACAUGGCUAAAGCCAAGAGCCUCCGUGCCAAGGCAGCUGACAAUGCACGCCUGAUGGCGCAGAUCGGCAGGAGGAAGUGAGGGUCCUCCUCGAGGGUCCAGCCCCCCCCCCGAAGGGCAGCGUGCAGGGUGUUUCUGGGCCAGUCCACUCUGCAGAGAAUUGUCCUUUAACACAUCUAAUAUUAUUUCACCCCCAGACAUAAUACCUUACAAGAGACUGUAGAAUAAGGGAGCAGGAGGCAGCACAGUCUAUUUACCAUUUACUAUCUACCAGUCUAUUUACAAAUUGAAGUGUGUCAUCUUUUAAAAAAAAUCAUUACUUUAACACUGACAGCAGCACAGAUCCCUGCUCCCCAUCACUUUUCUAGCAGGCUACAAAUUAACAGCUGUAAAAGUGUUGGAAAAACAGUGGCAGUAAGGUUGUGAUGCUUCUUCAAUUUUCUUUGUCAAAAAAUGGGAGCCGGACUGAAAAGUCAGGGAGAGUUAGAGUUAAGUUAUUUAAUCUUACAGUUCGGUCACUGCUGCAAAUGCGACCACUUCUGCAGGAGAAGCUAAAAUGCAUUUCUUGCUGUUAUGACCCCACUGGUAUUAACAUGUGAAGUGUAAAUGUUUCCUUAGUUUUUAAACUUUGUACAUAAAGACUUUGUCCUGUGUGGCUGUAGAAUAAAGCAGAAACGCACCGACACAUGCUUACAGUUGUACCAUGUAUGGCACUGAAAAAUAUUUGACCUUUAAAUGCCGUCAUUUAUUUUUAUACUUAAA